UUUCAAUUGUGUAAUGUCGCGGUGUUUUUAGAGCUAUGGAUUUAAAAGUAUUAGUAUUUGUUUGUCUUCUAGUUGCAAUUGUCAUUGGGUAUAAUUAUGAAAUUUACAGAAAAUUGCGAUGGGGAAAAUUAUCCUAGAAUUCGUGUGAGGCCAAGAAUCAAAAUAGGAAGGCGUAUAGGAAUAUUAAGGAGGCGUUUCAGAACUACAACACCUAAAUCAAUUACUACUACGGAAAGUCAUAUUCAUAAGCACAGGAAAUCAGAAGCUGAUAUAGAGGAUUCGAAGAUAAUACAAUUUUUAAAAGUCGUUCAGAGAGACAAUCUUUUAGGUAAUGAGAAUAUUACAUCAACUCGUCCCAAAUUUGUUAAAAAGGCUAAAAGAAUUAGUAGACAAACUGGAAAAAGAGGUUUUGAUAUAACGGAUAAGUUUUUAGAACAUGAACGGAGAGGGCACGAUGUCAAAAUUAAUAAAGUUAAUACUACACCUCGGCCUAGUUCAACUAGGCUUACUGAAAGGACAACUACUCCGAAAUCAAUUAUACGCAAUACAAACAUGAAUCGUACAAGAAGUGGUACAAGUAAUCGAAAACUUGGGCAGGCGAGUCAUAACGUUACCACUACUACACCUCGUUACUCUUCUAAGAGGGUUACUACGGGGACUUACACUCCUAAGAAAAUUACCACCGUUAAUCAAUCACGGUACCCAGGACGAACUACAAAUCGAACAUCAAGUCAGCCGAGAGGUAAUGUCACUAUUUUCCAAAAUCGUAAUUCAACAACUAGAGUGGCUCCAAGAGUGACUUCUCUAAAAACGACUAUUCCAAGAGUGACUGCUUUAAGAACGACUACUCCAAGAAUGACUAUUCCAAGAGUGACUGCUUUAAGAACGACUACUCCAAGAAUGAGUUUCAAUGUGACCGAGUCAAAUAAUACAUGGCGUACUACCAAAAGUCAACGACAUAUCUACUCCACUACUCCUACAUCUCGUCGAAUUUUUAUCAGUGACACAACUCCAAAGAUAAAUUCCACGGCCACUAAGUUCAAUAAUACCAGACAUAAAACAGGAAGUCAAGUAACUAGUCAGCCGAAUCGUUAUGGCACCGUGUCCACAACUCCAUAUACACGUGCUCCAGUUACUCAAAAGUUUACCACUCCAAAACCACAGCCUAACAUCGUUAUCCAAAUCAUCCCACCCUUGCCCCCUCAAGUCCAAACCGCCAAACCCUUACCCCCUCAAGUACCUAUAAGUACAACUCAAAAUGCACCUCAAGAACCUAAAAGCGGAUCAUCAAAUAUACCUAGCCUCUUGAAUAGUGAUAAGAAGGAAAUUAAAAAUAAAGCGAAGGAGAUCAAAAGUCAGGUGAAUGACAUUCUGGAUCUAACAAAGACUCUUGGCAAGGGAGCAAAAUCAAUCUAUGAAACUAUUAAAGGAAAGCCAGAGAGUAAGAACACUAUGACAGAGAAACCUCGGAAUCAACCGAAUGUUCCAGGAGUAAGUACUGUACCUGGAAUAAGUACUGCACCUGGAAUAAGUAUUGCACCUGGAAUAAGUACUGCACCUGGAAUAAGUACUGCACCUGGAAUAAGUAUUGCACCUGGAAUAAGUACUGCACCUGGAAUAAGUAUUGCCCCUGGAAUAAGUACUGUACCUGGUAUUACAACUACAACACAACCGACUAUAGCUGCGCGACCAUUGUACACGAUUAUUAAACCAAUUGUUCCAGCAUCAAUAGCAGUGCCAACUACUCGUAAUAAACCUACUUCGACAAAAUCGCCGGCCGUAAUUACGGACGACGAAAUUUGGAGACUAACGGAGGAUCUUUUUGCAAACGACGACUCCAAUGCUAUGAAGUAUAUUACCAUGAAUUUGCAGACGCGUAUUGAAGGUUUCAGUGUAAUGAACAACUUGAAUGCUUCGCUACUUCGUGUUGAUCCAGAGGCAUAUUCAAUCCCGUCGAUUCACACGGUUAGAGAAGUAUAUGAUAAUUACGAAAUGAACACGCUUAUUAAGGAAAAUGUCACGUGUCAAAAGCGGAGAGAAGAGAAUCUAUUGAUAGACAUUUUAUUGGACACAAAUGUUAUGUUAUCUGCUAUGAAAUGGCUAGCAAAGAAGAAUUUCAUUGAUACCGAUGAGUUUGGAAUGAAAGAAGCAUUGAAACAAAUUUGGUUUACUCAGUUUAACGGUACGUCGUCACCGUUCGAACGCAUAUUCUUGGCGGAAAUAAAUCCUGGAGAUAGUUCGAGAAUUAUUGGAGCCAAAAAUUGGGUUUACUUUAACUACCUCGAGUCUAUGAAACUUAUUAAUUAUAUGGGAUAUAAGACGAAAGUGGACCUCGGCGAUAAAGCAUCGCUUAUAAAAUUACAAUUCAGGUUGAAGGAUGUUAUUAAUCGUGAUGUAGUCUUGUUUGUUGGGCCAUCUCCUGAAUUCGAAAUGGCUUUAUAUACAAUAUGCGCUUAUGCGAGGCCAAACGGCAUUUGUCUUGUAUCCCUUGGAGGGGUGAAAAUAACCUUGUAUACUUCAAUAUUCAGGUACUACGGAAAAGAUCUGAUCAAUUCGGCUAAACUAGUUUUCUAAAUUCAGAUAUAGGAUGUAUUCGUCGCAAGGUUUGGCAUUUACUGUGGCAAAAUCGUAAGAAUUACCCCACCGAAUAAUUUUAAACAUUAUAGCCGGUAAACGUUUGCGACGUAUUUAAGUAUUUGUACACGAUUUUACUUACGAACAUAUUAAAUGAGAUUGUAGUAAAAAAUACGAAUAUUCAUGCGCGAAAGGAAUAUUCAGAUUAUAAGAUGUCAUCUAGAGUUGCAUUUUCGGACAUAUUGUUUGCUGACUGAUAAAACGGGAAAGUAUUAAUCGUUUGUGUUUAUCUGAAGAUGUAAGAUAGUUAAAAGUAGAAAAAGCGUAAUUACUUCCACAAAUGAAUAUUUGCAUGCCAAGUAAAAUAAUCUAGAAAAAGUGAA